AUGAAUGCAUUUGAGAUUCAAUCUUGAACAAAAGAAUUUGAAGAUCAAUUUAAGAGUACGAUAUCUUUUAUUCCACAAGCAGGUUGUCUAGAAGAUGAACUUUGAAACUCAAAAAAGAUUGAGAAUAUUAUUAAAUCUUUGCCUAACAGAAAAGCUCCUGGACCAGAUAAUAUAACGAAUGAAAUAAUAAAAAAAGGAGGAGAUAUAAUGGUAGAAGCAAUAACACAUUUUUUAAAUACUUGCAGAAUUUAUGGUAUACCGGAUGUUGCAAAUGAAGCUAAGACUAUUCUUAUAUAUAAAGGUAAAGGAAAUCAUAAAGAAUUGAAGAAUCACAGACCUAUAACAUUAAUGAACAGUUUUAUAAAGAUUCUUGACAAGGCUGAACUAAGAAAAAUUGAAAACAACGUUAAGAUCUCAGAUAGACAACAUGGGUUUAGAAAAGGAAAAUCAUGCAUAACACAAAGUUUCUUACUGAAAAAUACCUUAGAAUAUCGAAAAUAUUAUAAUAAAGGGAAAAAGAGUGAUUCAUAUAUACUUUUUAUAGAUUUUUCGAAAGCAUAUGAUUCUGUGGAUAGAACUAAACUCAUAGAAAAGAUAAAAAGUAAGAGAGUCACAGAUGAUAGUUGAAAAUCAAUCUCCCAGAUGAUUAAAGGAGAAAAGACUACCUUAAUAAUCAACGGAAAUGAAACAUUUAAAAUCGAUAUUACUCAGCAUCAAUUUAUACUAAAAGUUUUUGAUUCUUUUUAG